CUCGACUUCAUCCGCCAAAUUCUCAACCACCGACAAUCCUUCGAACACCCAAUCCCACCGCAAAAAUGGCUGGAGGAGUUUCUGUUCGCGAUGUUGAUGUGAGUAUAAAUACGCCCUACGAUUGAGCGGAGGGUGCACACACUUGGGGAUCGCGAAAAGAUGGAAAAAGCUGGAAAGCCGGUUGCGCUACGGCAAAUAUACCUUUGCAACGCGCAAGCUCCCUCGAUCUCUCGAAUGAUGAUAUGAUACACAAGAGCAGGCGCGAGGGGGUCGGAGAGACCUCUGCUGACGGAAUAAUGCUGAUUCGAGGGUUGAAAUGCAGGCGCAAAAGUUCAUCAACGCCUACUCUGCUUUCUUGAAGAGACAGGGAAAGCUUCCAAUUCCAGGUAUGAAAACUGCGCAUUUACUACUAUCUCACCUUCUACUCCUCUCAAAACCCGGAGAUGCAGAGAACAUUAGUAUGCUAACAUAUCUCAGGUUGGGUUGAUACCGUCAAGACCGGUCCAGCCAAGGAGCUCCCACCACAAUCCAUCGAUUGGUUCUACGUUCGUGCCGCCUCCAUCGCCCGUCACGUCUACCUCCGCAAGACCGUCGGUGUCGGUCGGUUAAGAAAGGUUCACGGAUCUACCCGUAACCGUGGAUCCCGCCCAUCGCAUCACGUUGAUGCUUCCGGAAGCGUUGACCGUAAGGUUAUGCAAGCUCUUGAGAAGAUUGGUGUCUUGGAGCAGGAUGAGGAGAAGGGAGGCCGUCGUAUCACACAGAGCGGACAGCGUGAUUUGGACCGUAAGCUUUUAACUCUGUCAAGAAUUUUGUUGCAUUUUGUUAACAUUCGUAUAGGUAUCGCACAAACCACCAUUGAGGCCGACGAGGAAGAUGAUGAUGACGAGUAAAUGCAUUACACUGG